GAUGUUCUAGCUAGCUAGCUUUAUUACAUUAUUGGUAUUAUCUGAUUUCUUGCUUCAUAGUAGUUGUUUCCUUCUUAAGACAAUGGCACUGAGUGGUAAGCUUAGUAUUGAAAUUGUGAUCCAUGCACCUGCUGGAAAGUUCUUUAAUCUUGUAUCAAAAUCUCUCCACCAAGUUCAAAAUAUUUGUGAAAGAGUGCAUCACACCAAGCUGCAUCAGGGUGAGGACUGGCACAGCAUUGGCGGUUCGGUUAAACACUGGACUUAUGUUAUGGAUGGUAAAGUAACUACAUGCAAGGAGACAAUUGAAUCCAUUGAUGAGAAGAACAAGACAAUCAAAUUCAAUCUCUUUGAUGGAGACAUAAAUCAACAGUAUAAGGUCUUGAAGGUCACCAUUCAAGAGAUUGAUAACAGCAAUGGAAGUGUUUCAGCUAAAUGGACAGUUGAAUAUGAGAAAAUUAAUGAUAAUGUGGAAGCUCCUUAUGGUUACAUGGAAUACUUUGACAAAUGUACUAAAGAGAUGGAUGCUCAUCUUCUCAAGGCAUAAUAAUUACUAAAAAAUUAGAAACAUGUUAUAUGCAUGGUUGGAAUUUAAUAAGGGGUAGGUUUUCGGGACUGUUUUGGAAGUGUUUAUAUAAAUUAAAUAAUAAGUGUGAACUUCGGUGAACAAUAGAAUAAGGACGGAAGUAUGUUUUUAAAUUCCAACCUUGCAUGUAUGUAUAUAUGUAUGUAUGUAUGUAUGUAUGUAUGUAAAGUCAUCGUUAAUGAUUUCUUUUGUUGGGUUGUGUUUAUGCCAUGGAUGUGUGGAAACUUGAAAAGUAUCUGUGUAUGUCUAA